GCCCUUUCUCCUGCCGCCUGCCCGCCCGUUCCCAAAACGGAGGAGCCCACGGAUCCCACCAUGGCGUCGGACCCCAGCGCUCCGCCGGCAGUGCCCCCUCUGCACUCCCCCAAGUCUCCGGUGUGGCCUACCUUCCCCUUCCAGCGGGAGGGCAGCCGCAUCUGGGAGCGAGGCAACCUCCUGCUGCGGGACCUGCCCAGCCCCCUCCCCACCAAAAGGACCAGGACCUACUCUGCGACAGCACGUGCCUCUGCUGGCCCCAUCUUCAAGGGCGUCUGCAAGCAGUUCUCCCGCUCCCAGGGCCAUGGGUUCAUCACUCCUGAGAAUGGCACAGAGGACAUUUUUGUGCACGUGUCUGACAUCGAGGGGGAGUACGUCCCAGUGGAAGGGGACGAGGUGACAUACAAGGUCUGCCCCAUCCCUCCCAAGAACCAGAAGUUCCAGGCAGUGGAGGUGGUUCUCACCAACCUGGCACCCCACACGAAGCAUGAGACGUGGUCCGGCCAGAUCAUCGGCUCCUAG